AUGAGGGUAAAGGAUUAUCUGAAAGUCUUGGUUAUUUGGCGUAUGUUAAAUGCAUUCUUUACCAGAAGUUACUUCCAGCCUGACGAAUUUUGGCAGACAUUAGAACCAGCACAUGUGAAGGCAUUUGGAUAUGGUGAACUUACUUGGGAGUGGAAAAUUGGUUUACGAAGUUAUGCAUUCCCAUUACUAUUUGAAAUAGUUUACUAUUUUGUUCAAAUAGUGAGCUGGAUUACUUCCAAGAUAGUCUUACUAGCUGUAUUCAUGUUUUCAUUUAUGAAGGACCAAUUAUUUCCAGAGAAUAAUCUGGCCAAUAUGAUGUAUAGCGAAAUGGUAACUUUCCCUGAAGAGGUUAAAAAUAUGUUUGAGUACUAUGGAACUAUUUAUGGCCCAAAAUUCCUUAUGGCAUUAAUGGCAGCUAUCGGUGAAUUUUAUACAGUCCUCUUGGUGAGAAAGAUGAGUUUAUUGAUUUUAAAUAAGUCAGACGAUAAUAAGGGUAACAGUAACACUGUCUGCCAAUUGACAGUCUUAUUAACUCUAACUAACUUUUUCAAUUGUUUCUUUAUCACAAGAACCUUCAUUAAUUCAUUUGAGAUGAUCUUGACUAGCAUUGCGCUCUAUUAUUGGGAUUGGUCCGGUGGGGAUUAUAUUAGAACUUUUGACUUUACUAAAAGUGUCUUGCUAGCGUUGUUUAUAUGUCUGCAACGCCCAACAGGCGUAUUAAUAUGGGGUCUCUUAGGUUUGCUAUUGACUUUAAACUUGGUUCAUGCCAAAAAAUGGUCUGCGUUGAGUUAUUUGUAUGCUAAAGUUGUGGUUUUGUUGCUCCUAAUAACCGCCAUAAAUGCGGCCAUUGACUUCUACUUCUAUGGUGAACUCGUUUUUCCAAUCUUAAGAUUUGUGAAGUUUAACUUUACCAGUUCUUUAUCAAUAUUUUAUGGGAAAUCGCCUUGGAAUUUCCAUUUAAUCCAGAGCUUGCCGUUAAUACUGGGGUAUAAUAUUCCAUUCUUCAUGCAUUCCUUAUACCUGAAAUUUCCGAUUAGUUCAGAACGUUUUAGGUUUAUUAAUCCUAUUAUUCAAUUUAAGGCUAUUAUUUUUUUUAAUGUUCUUUUCUAUUCAUUAAUUGCUCACAAAGAAUUCCGCUUUCUCUAUCCUUUACAGCCAUUUCUCAUUACAUUAACUACUUUGGAUUGCUACUACUGGAUUGAUAAAUAUUAUCCUAAUGAUAUUUCUAGGAUCUUUUCAAAAUUAAAAUGGUAUUGGUGGAUUUUACCUACAGUUGCAGUGUUUUCAUCUUUAGUUAUCUGUGCAUUUAAUGAAUCUGGCACUAUUUUGGUUAUGGAAUAUCUACACUUUCAACCAAAAGCAAAAAGCGUCGGAUUUGUUAUGCCCUGCCAUUCUACACCUUGGCAAUCAUAUUUGCAUAGAAAUGAUAUAGAUGAUCUCUGGGCUAUAACAUGUGAUCCUCCCCUACAUUUAUUACAAGAUUCAGCGGCAAUUGAAAAAUUAGGUCAUUAUAUGGAUGAGAGCGACCACUUAUAUGAUGAUAUUGUGAAAUUUAUCUAUACAAACUUCCCACCUGUAUUUCGAGAAGAUUUAAGGACACCUGGAAGAGAAUAUGCUUACGAAUGGCCAGAAUAUCUUAUUAUUUUUGAGCACCUAGAUAAUAUUUUUAUGAAGGACUUUUUGAUGGAUAGUCAAUAUCAAGAAGUCACAAGAUUUUUUAAUACCCUGCAGCAUUGGGAUUCCAGAAGAAGGGGUGACGUUAUCGUUUAUCAUAAACGACCUUUAAUUUAG